AUGGAGAUAGACAACAGGACCACUGUCUCUGAAUUCAUCCUCCUUGGCAUCACGAGCCAGCAAGACUGGAACAUGUUGUUCUUCACUAUCUUCCUGAUUAUAUACAUCAUCACAGUGCUGGGAAAUCUGACUAUUGUACUGGCCAUAAGGUUAGAUAGACACCUCCUCCAUACUCCCAUGUACUUCUUCCUCAGCAACCUCUCCUUUGUGGACAUCUGCUUCACAACAGCCACUGUGCCCAAGAUGUUGGCCGAUACAGUCUCGGGAGUGAGGAAGAUCUCAUAUGAUGGGUGCCUGGCACAGAUGUACUUCUUCAUUGCUUUUGGCUGCAGUGACAACUUUCUCUUGGCAUCCAUGGCACUGGACCGCUAUGUAGCCAUCUGUCGGCCUCUGCAUUAUGCUACAGUGAUGAGCAAAAGGACCUGCCUACUAAUGGUGGCUGCCUCCUGGCUGACCUCUCACCUCCAUGCUCUCCUGCACACCCUUCUAACAUCCCGCCUCUCUUUCUGUGCCUCCAAUCAAGUGCCUCACUUCUUUUGUGAUGUCUUCCCGUUGCUGAAGAUCUCUUGCUCCAACACCUAUCUGAACACUCUGGUAGUGCACGCAGAAGGAGCUCUGAUUGUUAAUGGAGCUCUAGCGUUCAUUGUCCUGUCAUAUACACGCAUCCUGAUGGCUGUGUUGAGGGUUCCAUCUAAGGAGGGAAAGUGGAAGGCGUUCUCUACCUGUGGGUCCCACCUGGCUGUGGUGACCCUAUUUUAUGGCACUGUCAUCUGGGUCUACUUCCAGCCCUCAUCCAGCUUCUCAGCUGAGAAGGACACACUGGCUGCCCUCAUGUACACUGUGGUUACACCCCUGCUGAACCCCUUUAUCUACACUCUGAGAAAUGACAAGAUGAAGGAAGCCCUGAGGAAGCUUUUUAGAAGCAAAGGCAACUAA